GCGCGGCGCAGGCGGCGCGACAACCGGGAAGGUUCCUUUUCCGAGUGGCUGUUUGGGCUUGAGUGAGGAUGGCGGCGGGGGAGGUGAAGUCGGUGCUUUUCGUAUGCCUAGGAAACAUUUGUCGCUCUCCAAUAGCUGAAGCAGUUUUUAGAAAACUUGUAACUGAUGAAAAAGUUGAAAAUCAGUGGAGGAUAGACAGUGCAGCAACAUCUACCUAUGAAAUAGGAAGCCCUCCUGACUAUCGAGGACAGAAUUGCAUGAAGAAGCAUGGCAUUACCAUGAAUCAUAUUGCCAGGCAGGUUACUAAAGAUGAUUUCCAGACCUUUGAUUAUAUACUUUGUAUGGAUGAGAGCAAUCUAAGAGAUCUGAAAAGGAAAAGCAACCAAGUUAAAGACUGCAAGGCCAAAAUUGAACUGCUUGGAACUUAUGAUCCACAGAAACAACUUAUCAUUGAAGACCCAUACUAUGGGAGUGAAAAGGACUUUGAAACUGUUUAUGAGCAGUGUGUUAGAUGCUGUAAGGCAUUUUUGGAGAAGUCUCAUUAAUUCUUCAUCGUUGUAUUUCUGAAAGAAAAUAAUUGGCUUCUGAAAUCUGUAAGAUUUACUGGAUUGUUGUAUUUAAAUGCUAAAAGUAUGUCUCAAUAGGCUGAAAAACUUCUUCAGUUCAAUUUUAUAUAUUUCAGCUUUUCUGUCACAUAAUUUAAAAAUGUGGAAAAGAUUUAACUGGAUUAGAUGAUCGACUAUUUUGUCACAAUUCAGUGUAAUAAUAAAGUAUAUGAUUCAGAAUAAACUUAACUGUAAACUUUUCCAGUGCUUUCUCACAAGCACUGCAAAAGUAAUGUCUUGCUUCUUUAUGUGCUAUACUAACUGAAGUCUUUUCAUUGUACCCUUAGUGAGUCUACUUAAAUCAGUUUGCAGUGGGAAUCUAUGAGAUAGUAGUUCGUGUAUGAAAACUUGGGCAUGCUAGUAUCAUUAUACUCUAUUUCAUACUCAGCCUGCUAGGCUAAAAGAACCAUCUGCCUCCAGACAGACAUUGCUCUUAGCACUAUUUCAAAGCUUAAGAAAGCAGAACUUCUCUGUGUGUCAGAAGGAGCCUGUGAAAAUGAUGUUUCAUAUCAGUUCAAAUGCUCAGUGAUUCAAAAAAUAAAUAAUUUUUGUUCCAGUA